AUUUUUCUUAUUUUAAAACUUAUCCUUGCGAUACUUUCAUAUGAUUCCGUAUAUCUGGCUGUCGAGAUGAUAUGUCAAAGCACUAGGCGCGCGUCAACACAUGUCAAAUAGCCGAUAGGUCAGCAAUCCCGGUCUUGGUGAGCAUCAUCUCAUUCGCUUAGUAUCAGGUUCACCAUUUUAUGUAUGUUGGUUCUAGAUAUCUCCCAACAUGUAUAUUUCAUCCCGGAAAUACGGCUCUCGUGUCUCAUGGUCUCGAGUCCGGGCCAACAACGUUAUUUCCUCGAUCUAAAAUUAUACUGGACGGAAUUGUAUAUCAUACGCAAUGUUUCGAUGGCUUCCACUGGCCAAAUCAGCCACUUCAGCGAUCAUUCUAAUUAUUUACCAAGUCGUCGUUGAUCGACGACUUCCAGUCUUUGAACCCAUUCAAAUUUCCCUUCGUCGUCUUUCCUUCCACUUUUAUCCUCGGUCCCGCCAGACGACGAUACAAUCCUUCGAUAUUCUUGAGUCUACUAACUGUUUUUGUUAUCCGCAACAAUGAGACAAUUCUUUGGACGUAAAGAAGAGCCAAGGCGCAACUCAGAUGACGACCACAAAAAGAUGCAAUACUAUUCUCCCCGAGGCACCAUCCCCGUCAAGGUUGUAGAACAACAGACACAAGAAGUUGUUUUCGAUCCGACAAAGGUCACUCGCAACACAAAAGAAUAUUCUCAUGCUUAACAAGAUGCAAACCUGGAGGGAAAGACCUUCAAGGAGUGGGAGCGCAGACAUGAUGAGGAAAAGGUUGGUCUGUACGAGAUCCCAGUCAACACCCGCAUGAACUUGGAAAAGAGACCUGCAACGUUCAAGCAAGUCCAAAGACGCGAGCACGAAAUGCGUCCCAUGGAUAGGAAGGAUGCUGUCCGGAAGGAGUUCAACGAUCCAGGUGUCUUUCGGGGUGUCAUCACUGGCAACGUCGAGACUGGCCCGGUCUAUGGUGUUCAGGGCGUGAUAUACCAUCCAGAACAAAACCCUCGUGGUUUCAGAAGGUCUCCUAUCGAGCCGUUGGAUCGAGAGGGGAGGCAGUUCUUGCGCCUCUUCGAGGAUGAUGCUGCUGAUCAUAAUCGUGUGACUACUUGGCAUCCGAGGGAUGAGGAUGCAAGCGAUCUUCAGGAAUAUGAGGAGCGGUACAAGCAGGUUAGGAAGGUUCGUCUGCCCCAGCAGCAGAAGAAGAAGCAAAAGGUGCCCAACACGAAUUGAGACCAGGAUGGGUAAUAUGUAUAUAAUUACACGAGCUAUUAUAUGGUGUGGGGUAAUGAAUACGGGUUUGUGUAGAGCUUCAAAUUUCAACCUUGACUUG